AUGAACCAGAUGACACGGAGCCUGGCCUUCGCUUGCGUACCAGGGUUUGGGCUACUUUCAACGACCUUCCAGGGCCUGAGCCAGCUUCCAAAUGAUGUCACUAGGAAUCUGGCCGUGGAAUGGGCGCGCUUCCGCAUCCGCGUGAAUGCCGUGGCGCCCGGAGCCAUCGCCACGCCGCUUGUGGCGAAGGCCAACCCCACGUACAUCGAAGACUUCCAGCGCCGGAAGCCGUUGAGGCGCUUGGGCGAUGUCAUGGAGGUGGCAAGGCCCAUCGCCUUUCUGGCUAGCGAUGCUGCGGCCUUCAUCACUGGCCAGACGCUGCAUGUGGAUGGCGGCUUCACUGCAACGAGCUUCAAUGAACUCCCGGACUAUUGGGACGACUGUCACGUGCCCAACACGACCUGGCUGUAG